AUGUCGUCCCCACCGAAGGAAAAGAUCGAAACCAAGGGUGGACAUCUCCCUGCAGUGAAGGCCGGUGGUAUGAGGAUAGUGCAGAAGCACCAGCCAACUGCUAAUCCGGAGCCACCACCUAAAAACGAUGACGACGAAGAGGAGUAUGUGAGCAGUAGUCCACCCAAGGCCCCGGUGAUAGUGUCUGGAGUGAUUACCAAGGGCGAUAAGGACUUCACCCCAGCUGCUGCCCAGGUGGCGCACCAGAAGCCCCAGCCCGGCAUCCCCAAGCUGCCCCCCUCUCAGCACAUCAACCAGCACAUCCAUCAGCCCCGCAAGUGA